AUGUAUGCCUGGUGGCGGGGGGUGGCGCGGGGCCCGGCGGCGGCGGAGGAAGCGCUCAGAGAGCUCGUGGUUACCGGGCACGUAGCGGGGGGAGGUGGCGGCGGCCCGGGCGGCGACGGAGGAGCAGCUGCCGCGGACAGCAGCGCGCAGCAGGAUCAGCGGCCCCAGCGGCCCCAGCAGCACCCGGCGGAGGAAGCGGCGCUGCUGACGUUGAUGCCGGACGGAGUGCUGCACAAGCGGCCCUUGAGGUUGCAACCGCAAAUUCUAACCACAAACGCCCAUAACCGCAAUUCUAACCGCAAUCACAACCGGAACUGCCUUCAGGGUUACGACGCUUUGGUGGCUCAACUGGCAGCACAGCACGCCGAAUACCACCGGGUGCAGUACAGGCCCGUAACAAGUUGCGGCUACGUGUUGGGGGAGUUCCGGAUGCAGGACGUGGGGGGCCUGGCGGGGCACCCCGCGACGUUCAGGGUCAGUCGCGGCUAUUGCCUGUUUAAGCUCCGAGUUGAUCCUGAGAGCGCCCGGAUUAGUCGGGGGUGGGUACGGCGUCAGAUGACGCAGGAGGAGCGGGACGAGCGCGUCUGGGACCCCGUACACGUCUACCCGGCGGCUUUCCCGCUGGAGCGGCUGCAUCUCACGCGAGGUGGUAAACCUGACCCACGGGUCAUGGAGGAGGCCGCGUGUGCUUGGGUGGCGGCGCAGGCUAAGCCGCGGCGGCCGCCGGAGACCCGGAGUGUCCCGGAGGGGCUUACGCGCGUUGGAGGUACGGCAGGGAGAGCGCGGAUGUCAGGUGGCGAAGCUGAGAGGGCGCCGGCGGCGGCGGCGGCGGUGGCGGCGGCGGUAGGGGGAGAGGGGAAGGAGGCGCCAGGUGGUGUGGUGCGGCAGAUGGCGGAAGCGGGAGGAGCUGCUGUCGGUGGCGGCGGCGGGGGCGGCUCCGACGCGAUGCUGUACGGCACCGGAGACGUUCUCAGCGCCGCGGGUGAGACGCAGGAGGCGCCGUCGUCUGCGAGCUCGCCUCAGGUCAGUGGGACUCCGCCGCCGUCAGUCGAGACGGCGACGAUGGGCGAUGGUGGCGGCGGCGGCGGCGGCGGCGGCCUUCAGAGUCUCCGUACCGGCGGCUAUAUUGAAAGUAUUAGUUCUCCUGAUCAGCCGACAAGUCGCGGCGGGGAAGCUGGAGACCUAUUCAGUAGCAUCCGUCACGGCGGCGGCGGCGGCGGCGGUGCCGUACCGCGGGUUGACGGUGGCCCUUCAGUGUCCCCCCCCGGUGCCGCGGGUACUGCGGAGCCGCCGGAAGUGGACCAGAAGGGAGUUCGGGAAGCGUACGACAGGGUAACGGCGUCGGCGGCGCUGGGGCCGGAUGCCGUAAAAGUCAACACGGUGGACGGUGUAAGCGCCGCCGCCGCCGCUGCCGUACCGACGCCCACAACGAUGGCACAAUCCCGGCUGGUCGAUCGCGUACUCGCCGAUGACUGCAGGUUUCUUGACGCGUACGGCAUCUGGCCGGACCCGGACGAUGAGGAUGGAUCGUCGUACGGCAUACAGUCGUACGCCGGGCGGCGCCCUCAGGCGGUUGCUGGCGUACAGCAGAUCCUGCGACGCAUCCAGGCCCAGCAGCGGCGAUGCGCUCAGGUCGAGCCGCUACUGUACGAUGUGGCGGUUUCGGAGGAUCACAACCUGGCUUUCGUACACUGGGUCAACGUCGUAACGCCCGCGCCUGAGGCGCCUAAACCACCGCCGCCGACACCCCAGCAGCAAAAGCAGCAUUCGACACCGAAUGCCAAAUAUGCGGCGGUCCCGGCGGCCGGCGUGCCAGCGGCGGCAGCGCCUACGACCCGUGGGUCUGAGGGCGGCGGCGAUGGCGGCUCCGGGCUUGCAGUAGCGGCGAGCAGUGCCGCUGCCGCGGCGGCAACGGCCGCGACGGCGGCGGCGCGGGCCGCCACCGCCGCAGCUGACGUUGCGUCGACGGCCGCCUCCGCCGCCAGCGUUGCCGCCAGCAGCGCCAGCACAGCCGCUACCAUCGCUGCCACCGCCGCCACCGCCGCGGCGUUUGCGGCAGGCGCGGAAGAGGCGGAGAGCCGCCUGGCGGCAGCGUCCAAGCAACAGCCAGAAGGGCCGCCAUCGUUGACAGCUACAGCCCAGACCGAACAGGCCCUGGCGGCGCCGCUGCUGACGCAGCAGCAGCAGCAACCUCAAGAGCAGCCAGCGGGUACGGAGCUGAACGCGGCGCAGAUUAGCGGCGUUGCCGUCAACAGCCGCCAGAAGGUGGCGGCAGUGGACGACAACGGCGUAAGCGGCGGCGGCGGUGGUAGCGGGCGACCCAUGGGUCUGCAAGACCUUCGUAUUCCUAUGCCUUCCAUGCCCAACAUGCCGCAGCUUCAGAUCCAAAACCUGGAGGAAGCCUUGACGGCGGCGGCCCAGCGAGUGGCGGGCGCCGCCGGCACCGCCGCCGCUGCUGCGAGCGCCGCCGCAGCCGCCGCUACGGCAGUGAUCAUGGCGGAAAGCGCCGGCGCUGACAGCAGCGACGUCGUCGCCGCCGCCGCUGCCAAGGCGGUAGCGGCGGCGCAGCAGCGCAAGAAGGAUGCAGCUGCAGCCGCAGCUGCUGCGACGGCACCAGCGCCAGCGCCGCCGCCGCCGCCGCCGCCGGUGCCGUACCAGCAGGAGUGCAUGGCGGCGCUGCUGUUCCACGAUGACGGCACUGUAUCUGACAUUUGGAUGUUUCGCGGCCCUUUCCAUUACGAGCGCCGCCUCCUGAAGCCCUAG